AGUUGCUUAGAACUCAAUCCGAUUUCUUCCUUCCCUCUCCAAGCUGGGAGCGGAUUAGCUGUUACGGAAGCAAAGACCCCUCCAAGCUCGCCUUCGAAUCGAAACGGAAGCAAAGACUCACUUCUCUCCCCUCUUCCACCAUCACCAUCCAUCAGGCGAUGUAGAUUUCUCUACACCAAUCCCAGCCGUCAAAAAACCCAAAAUGUCGACCCUCAACGGACCCGCCUCCCCCUCUCUCUCCAUCUCCGUCCCCACAACCGUACCCGAACCCGACACAUCCGACGCAGCGACUCCCGCCCCUCCCAAUUUCGGCACUCCGGAAACCCUAGCCCAGAUCCGAACCCUCACCGACGUUGGCGCCAUGACCCGCCUUCUCCACGAAUGCAUCGCCUACCAGCGGUCCCUUGAUCUCGGCCUCGAAUCCCUCCUCUCCCACCGCACGGAUCUCGAUCGUCACCUCGUCUCCCUCCACCGCUCUUCUGACGUCCUCGACAUUGUCCGCGCCGACUCCGAUCACAUGCUCUCUUCCGUCCGCUCCACGGCCGAUCUCGCUGACCAUGUCAGCCGCAAGGUCCGCGAGCUCGACCUUGCCCAGUCUCGCGUCCAGUCCACCCUCUCCCGCAUCGAUGCCAUCGUCGAGCGUGCCAAUUGCAUAGAUGGCGUCAAGAAAGCACUCGAGUCUGAGGACUACGAAUCUGCCGCCAAUUUCGUCAGCACGUUCCUUCAGAUCGAUGCGAAGUACAAGGACUCGGGAUCCGAGCAGCGGGACCAGCUCCUGGAGUCGAAGCGCCAGCUGGAGUCGAUCGUGCGGAAGAGACUCGACACUGCUGUUGAUCAGCGGGACCACCCUACGAUCCUGCGGUUCGUGCGGCUUUUCUCACCGUUGGGGCUUGAGCAAGACGGGUUGCAGAUUUAUGUCUUUUAUUUGAAGAAGGUCAUCAAUUUGAGGUCAAAGCUGGAGUUUGAGCACCUGCUGGAGCUUGCGGAGCAGAAUGUGGGCCAGAAUCAGGUGAAUUUCGUUGGGUGCUUGACGAAUCUGUUCAAAGACAUUGUGCUUGCAGUCGAAGAAAAUGAUGAGAUCUUGCGUAGCCUUUGUGGGGAGGAUGGCGUUGUCUAUGCAAUCUGUGAGCUUCAAGAAGAGUGCGAUUCGAUGGGGUCGAAGAUCUUGGAGAAGUACAUGGAAUACCGAAAGCUGGCUCAAUUAGCAUCAGAAAUCAAUUCUUAUAGCAAGGACUUACUUUCUGUGGGGUCUGCUGAAGGACCUGAUCCGAGGGAGGUUGAGUUGUAUUUGGAAGAGAUCCUGUCGUUGACUCAGCUGGGUGAGGAUUACAUGGAGUUCAUGGUGUCAAAGAUCAGGGGACUGAGUUCUGUCGAUCCGGAGCUGGGCCCACGGGCCACAAAGGCAUUCCGGAGUGGGAAGUUUAACAGGAUGGUGCAGGAUCUUACUGGAUUUUAUGUGAUUCUGGAGGAAUUUUUCAUGGUGGAGAAUGUGAGGAAGGCGAUAAAGAUUGACGAGCAGGUGGUUGAUAGUCUCACGACUUCGAUGGUCGAUGAUGUGUUCUAUGUUCUGCAGAGCUGCUGCAGACGGGCGAUUUCGACUUCAAAUAUCAAUUCGGUGCUUGCGGUUUUGAGUGGUGCAAUGAAUCUGUUAAGCAAUGAAUAUCAAGAGGCAUUGCAGCAGAAAAUGAGGGAGCCGAAUUUGGGGGCGAAGCUGUUCUUGGGGGGUGUUUGUGUGCAGAAGACCGGAAUGGAGAUCGCUACUGCUUUGAAUAAUAUGGACGUAAGUAGCGAGUAUGUCCUGAAACUGCGGCAUGAGAUCGAGGAGCAGUGCUCAGAGGUGUUCCCUGCACCAGCUGACAGAGAAAGAGUGAAGUCCUGUUUAUCUGAGUUGAGUGAAAUAAGCAACGGUUUCAAGCAAACCCUAAAGGCCGGCAUGGAGCAACUGGUCGCAACUGUGACACCCCGCAUCCGCCCAGUGCUUGACAGUGUGGCGACCAUCAGCUAUGAGCUCUCUGAAGCUGAGUAUGCGGAAAAUGAGGUGAAUGAUCCGUGGGUCCAGAAGCUUCUCCAUGCUGUCGAGACCAACGCAGCAUGGCUACAACCUGCAAUGACAACCAACAACUACGACCUGUUCAUCCAUCUGAUCAUUGAUUUCAUUGUGAAGAGGCUCGAAGCUAUCAUGAUGCAGAAAAGGUUCACCCAGCUUGGCGGACUGCAGCUCGACAGGGAUGCAAGGGCAUUGGUGAGCCAUUUCUCCGGCAUGACUCAGAGGACGGUGAGAGACAAGUUCGCCCGCCUCACUCAGAUGGCAACCAUUCUCAACUUGGAGAAAGUAUCUGAGAUACUAGACUUCUGGGGAGAGAACUCGGGACCAAUGACAUGGCGACUCACUCCCGCGGAGGUGAGGAGGGUGUUGGGUCUCAGGGUUGAUUUUAAACCCGAAUCAAUAGCCACUCUUAAAUUGUAACAAGAUAUGACUUUUGAUGUGGAUCUUCUGAUUUACUUUUUUUAAUUUUUAUUUUUAAUUUUU